AAGAGGCGGAGCUACUGCAGCCCAGUCACGUGGCACAGCUCGGACCAAUCAGCGCGCACUUUCCUAACAGAGAUUUGUAAGAUGGCUACCGCCGAACCGGAAACCAAUCCGAGUCCGCCCCACGCCGAGGAAGAUGGAGCCGAGGAUUCUGGGAAGGAGAUGGUGAGCCCAGAGGCCUACGUCAAACAUCCGCUGCAGAACAGAUGGUCUCUGUGGUUCUUCAAGAACGACAAGAGCAAAACAUGGCAGGCCAACCUGCGCCUCAUCUCCAAGUUUGACACGGUGGAAGAUUUUUGGGCCCUCUACAACCACAUCCAGCUGUCCAGCAACCUCAUGUCCGGCUGCGACUACUCCCUGUUCAAGGACGGCAUCGAGCCCAUGUGGGAGGACGAGCGGAACAAGCGUGGCGGACGCUGGCUGAUCACGCUCACCAAGCAGCAGCGGAGAUCAGACCUGGACCGCUUCUGGCUGGAGACGCUGCUGUGUUUAGUCGGAGAGGCUUUUGACGACUACAGCGACGACGUCUGUGGAGCCGUCGUCAACAUUCGCAACAAAGGGGAUAAAAUCGCCGUGUGGACCUCUGACUACGAGAACCGGGAGGCUGUGACACACAUAGGGAGGGUUUACAAGGAGCGGCUGGGGCUCCCCAUGAAGAUGACGAUCGGCUACCAGUCUCACGCCGACACGGCCACCAAGAGCGGCUCCACCACCAAGAACAAAUUCGUAGUCUGAGAAAAAUGCCUCAUGUGCCUCUUUUCAUUUUCCUUGUCUUAUUUGUUGGUGUUUACUUUGCUACAAAGACUCUGCGAAACACAAUCUGGAGGAGGAGGGAAGUCCAACCUACACGCCAAAAUAACCAGAACCGGCCCGUCUGCGGCGGCCAUGACACUAACAGAGAGGCAUCAAGAGACGCAGAGCUGCACUCUGAUCAGUUAAUCCUUUGAUUUUUAAACGUGUUUUGUGUUGAAUGGCAGGGAAUCCUGAACGCGUUCUGGCUCUGGUUGCUGUAAUCCUUAAUGACAUUAAAACACCUUUAAUUUAU